GCAAAGAUAAAAAGGCAACGAUCAUAGCAAACAAAAGCCCCCCUCUCAGUCUCCUCAUCCACUUUCCCGAAGGAAAUUAAAGAACAGAACAAACAACUCUAUUCGGAAAGAAAGCCAAAAACAAAGGCAUCCCACCACACCAGAGCUUUUAAUUUUCAUUCCUAGCGAUGAGAGUUCCCUCAUCCCCACAAGCUAGCAACAACCAUGUCCUCCACACAAACAACAACCCUAACACCUUCACCUACGAACCCACCUCGGUCCUCGACCUAUGCCGGAGCCCAAGCCCCGAAAAGAAGCUCACUGUUCCCAAGCCAGAACCACAACACAACAACCAGCUAGACCUGGAUGAUCAUGUUUUGCCUAAUUCUGAUUGGUGGGAGUCCAUCAUGAAGGACUUAACCCUACCCGAAGACUCUCCCACUCCCCUUUUGAAAACCAAUCCAUCAUGCAUCCCUGAUUUCCCACCUUCUUCUCAAGACCCAUCCUUUGAUCACCCCACUCCUGACUUCACCUCUCUCUCCGAAAUCUACAACCAAAACAUCCCCUUCAAUUACCCCUCCAACACUUUAGAACCUUCCUUUCAUGACCUUAACCAUAGCCUCCACCCCCACAACAACAACUGGGACUUCAUCGAAGAGUUUAUCCGCGCCGCCGAUUGCUACGACAGCAGCCACUUCCAGCUGGCUCAAGCCAUACUUGAGCGGCUCAACAACCGGCUUCUUCGCUCGCCCAUGGGUAAGCCGCUCCACCGAGCCGCGUUUCACUUCAAAGACGCCCUUCAGUCCAUUCUAUCCGGUUCGAACCGGAACGGAAACGGUUCGAACCUCCUUUCCUCCAUGGCGGAGAUUGUUCAGACAAUUAAAACGUACAAGGCCUUUUCGGGAAUUUCACCCAUCCCAAUGUUCUCCAUCUUCACCACCAAUCAAGCCCUACUUGAAACCCUAAAUGGAUCUUCAUUUGUCCACGUUAUCGAUUUCGAGAUUGGGCUUGGAAUUCAAUACGCUUCUCUUAUGAAAGAGAUUGCUGAGAAGGCCGGUCCCGGAACCGCGCCGCUCCUUCGCAUCACCGCCGUCGUGCCGGAGGAGUACGCCGUCGAGAGCCGCCUGGUCCGCCAGAAUCUCAACCAGUUCGCGCAGGAUCUAGGGAUCAGCGCGCAGGUGGACUUCGUGCCGCUUCGGACCUUUGAGACGGUGUCGUUCAAGGCCGUGAGGUUCAUCGACGGCGAGAAGAUCGCCGUGUUGUUGUCGCCAACGAUUUUCAGCCGCCUCGGAGGCAACGGAGGCAGUGUCGGCGCGUUCCUCGCCGACGUGAGGAGGAUGGCUCCAGGAGUGGUGGUGUUCGUGGACGGUGAGGGGUGGACGGAGGCGGCGGCGGCGGCUUCGUUCCGGCGUGGCGUGGUGAGCAGUCUGGAGUUUUAUUCCAUGAUGCUGGAGUCGCUGGACGCGUCAGUGGCUUCUGGGGGAGGCGGCGAGUGGGUGAGGAGGAUCGAGAUGCUGCUGCUGCGGCCGAAGAUCUUCGCCGCGGUGGAAGGCGCACGGCGGAGGACUCCGCCGUGGAGGGAGGCGUUUUACGGCGCCGGAAUGAGGCCGGUGCAGUUGAGCCAGUUCGCGGAUUAUCAGGCAGAGUGUUUGCUUGCCAAGGUGCAAAUCAGAGGCUUCCACGUGGACAAACGACAUGCUGAGCUGGUGCUCUGCUGGCACGAACGAGCCAUGGUUUCCACGUCAGCAUGGCGGUGUUAGCAUAUUAUAUAGAAGAGAAGACAAGAGAAGUGAUGUAUUAAUCUAAUGACACCUUAAACCUGCUUAUGUGAACUUUAUUAUCAAGUUCACUUUUGACAAAGAAUGUAGUUUAACUUUAAUUUAGUUUUUUUUUUAAUUAUUAUGGAAAAUUACAAAAAGAAAAAAACUGGAAAGUACAUAAAAACUUGUAUUUUUUCCAGACUUUUUUGUUUUAUGUAAUGUAGAUAAAUUGUGGGGGUGUCUGUAUUUAAUUUGUUUGAGAAGAGUUACCAUGUAAUGCUGGAUAUAUACAUCUGGCUUUUCAAUCAAAGUAUUUGGGAAAUGAAUACUUCUAUAUAUCUUUA